AUGCAUCAAUCGCCUAAACGCUCGGUGAUCAAACAUCCGCACGACUUUCAUGGCGCACAAGUCAUGCCACGCAGUGCAGACCCUCUCGCUGAAGCCACUGCUGCUCAACCUUCUGCUUCCGCCUACCAGCACUCUGAUCCUUCCGCAGCUACGCCCAAUUACUUGCACAGCCUCCAAGGUGUUGCAACAACCCAUGCCACUUUCACUCGUCUCGCUGGCCCAUUCGACUUUGCCGAUAUGACCCUUGUCCCCCAGCGCAGUGCACCUCCACCGCCCAGCAACCCGGGCCCAGGUUCUUCCUUUGUGCAUCAGCGUGCUUCUCCUUCCACUUCUCCAUCCCCAACUACCGCCUCGACUUUCACUUUUGCAAACCACUCUUCCUCUGCUACAAGAUCCCCUAGCUCUGCCGCCGCAUAUCCUUCCAAGCCAACCCUCAACACUUCGCUCAGCUCCCAACAGGGGCCCAGGUCAGGAUUGCCAGCACAGACAGGUCUUCCCUUCAACCUCUCCAGCUUUUCCAAUCCACCAGCCGCAUCGCCGCCAACAGCUCCGAAUUCUGCCCUACCAUGGUCCGCUAGUCCUCAAAAUCCCGCUGCUCCUAGCACAAGCGCCACUUUCCCGCCGAGACCUGUACGAUCCCAUACAUCAGGUCCAGACGCGCUUCACACCCUCUCCACUCUCAGCCCAUCACACCACGUCGCACCCCUCAUGGCGCAGCGCUCUCACUCCAGCAUUGGCCCUCAGCAACACCAGACCAUCGGCUCGCCUACUCUCAAUCAGUCCUCACCAACGCUCGAGGGCGAACCCACACCUUGUCUCACCACACAGAGCCAAUUCCUCCACGGCACCCGCGAUCGAGAGCGAAGCCGUGACGGCAGUACCACACCCGGAGGCAGGAAUACUUUCAAGAGCGUCUUUGGCGGCUUUGUCAACUCCAUGAGCGAUGUCUUUUCCGCACAGAAAAAGAUUGAGAUCUCGACACCGUACGAUCCUGUUCAUCUAACCCAUGUCGGCUUCAACUCGGACACCGGCCAGUUUACUGGUUUGCCCAAAGAGUGGCAGCAGCUCUUACAGGACUCAGGCAUUUCCAGGCAGGACCAAGAGGCAAAUCCUCAAGCUGUCAUCGACAUUGUUGCUUUUUAUCAGGACGCUACCCAGAGCAACGCUGAGACGCAUGUAUGGAAGAAGAUGGGUCAUGCCAAGGGCAAUCACCCACCCGCAACGCCACGCACAGAUACCAGCAGCGAUGACAGCUUCAAGGCUGCUGCGCCUACACGCCCUAUCUUGUACGAGAAGCCACGCGCUGCACCCGCACCACCAGGUACAAUGCAUCCAAAGAGACCAGCAGACAUCGGCAGCCCAGAUUUGCCACAAGCACCAACCGCCAGCGCUGCCGAAGCAUCUCUCAAGGCCUCACGACCUGCACCCUCGCCAGCUGCCGCACAAGGUGCCAAGCUUGGCUCACCCUCGCUCGGAUCCAAGCCCAGUUCUGCCCCCAGAGUGCCAGAUACUUGUGCCGCUUCUGCCUCGGCAUCCAAGACGUCAGCUACCGCUCCUGGUGCAUUCGGUCCAUCUUGCUCCUCUUCCUCUUCGUCCACAUCCACAUUCGCAUCCGCAUCCGCAUCCGCAUCCGCAUCCGCAUCCGCAUCCGCAUCCGCAUCCGCAUCCGCAUCCGCAUCCGCAUCUGCAUUGGCCGCGAGUAAGAGCAUCAAAGCACAGGGACCAGGAGCUGUACCACGCAGACGCGAAACCAAGAAGAACACGAUCAAAGAUGCCGACGUGAUUGCCAAGUUGCAAGCCAUCUGCACCGACGCUGACCCAACCAAGCUCUACCGAAGUCUACAAAAGAUUGGUCAAGGUGCCAGUGGUGGUGUGUUCACCGCCUACCAGGUUGGCACCAACCUUUCCGUAGCUAUCAAGCAGAUGAAUCUCGAACAACAGCCCAAGAAGGACUUGAUCAUCAACGAGAUUCUCGUUAUGAAGGAAUCUCGUCAUCGCAACAUUGUCAACUUUAUCGACUCGUUCCUCUUCAAGGGCGAUCUUUGGGUCGUGAUGGAGUACAUGGAAGGAGGCAGUCUGACGGAUGUAGUCACAUGCAACAUCAUGACCGAAGGUCAGAUUGCCGCUGUCAGCAGGGAAGUCUUGGAGGGGCUGCGACACCUGCACGAGCAUGGCGUGAUCCAUCGAGACAUCAAGUCGGACAACGUGCUGCUCAGCUUGCAAGGCGAUAUCAAGUUGACCGAUUUCGGUUUCUGUGCGCAGAUCGGUGAGUCGCAGGCCAAACGUACAACGAUGGUAGGCACGCCCUACUGGAUGGCGCCAGAGGUGGUCACACGCAAAGAGUACGGUGCCAAGGUGGACAUCUGGUCCUUGGGUAUCAUGUGUAUCGAGAUGGUGGAAGGUGAACCGCCUUAUCUCAACGAGAACCCUCUUCGUGCACUUUACCUGAUUGCAACCAACGGUACACCGAAUAUCAACAAUCCCGAAAACCUCUCGAAUACCUUCAAGGAUUUCCUCAAGACCAGUUUGGAUGUUGAUCCAGAGAGACGUCCUGACGCAGUGGGCAUGUUGGCGCACGCCUUCUUGAAGAGGUCCGAGAGUCUGAGGACACUGGCGCCAUUGAUCAAGGCUGCACGCGAACAGACUCGCAAGUCCUGA